AUGGACUAUCUAGAAGUCGCUUUACGCAACGACUCCAGGUGGAAGGGCGUCGGCAGCCUCCACACCCACCGCCGCCGUUUCAUGGUACUCCCCUGGGACAUUGCGGUAAGGCAAGCUUGGUACCUCCACCGAUCCAAACAAAUCCAUCGAAGCAGCAGGACUGCGUCUCCCGCAUACGGACCGCCAUCGCCGAGCUUUACCAAUAGCUGGCUUGACGGCCCUUUGCCCGACGGGCUUUUGUCCCCUCAGUUAGGGCCAAAGGAAGAUACUAUUGACAUUCGCAAGACUCCGCGCAGUCAACACGCUCGACGUACCCUAUCCCCCAUCGGGAAGCAGCCGCGGCUUGCCAAGAAGGCGCAUGAGCUUCAUCCGCGCAUACCUUCACGGAACGUCACGAAGACACAGGGUCAGGGAGAGGUUGUCUGGAUACCCGCUGCCACGAGCCCCCCUGCCCGGAGACCCGAGUCCCCGAGUUCCGGCGCCUCAGAGAAUCAGCAGCAAAUCGACUUGCACCCCGUUUCCCCCGAGGAUGAAGAAGAUGUUGCCACAAGCCCCGCCGGCUCUGAGGACGGACAGGGCAUCACCACAAAGACCGGCGUCCUAGAGAAGGAACAAGAACCUUCCCUGGGUCCUGUUACUCCCGAGAUUCAAGAAGAUACAGCCUCAAGCCCAGAUGUCUUGGGACAACAAGACGUCGGCUCGAGUCUCACCGGGUCAGAUCAUACGAUACACCACACGCCCGAUCUUGGGCAGAUCCCUCUAUCAUUCGAGUUCGAGGAAUCCUUUUUAGCGACGACCGGUGCUGUUCCUGGUAUACCAAGCGACGCCGAGCCCGAGCCUAGUAACCCAACGGAGAGUGCCGCACAGAAGCCAGCAGAUUCUCCCAUCAAGGGGCGGCGGACCGAGGAAGACGAGAUGUCGGUAAUCCUUCCCCCCAAGAAGAGGAAGAAUCUCGCAUCCCAGGAUCCGCAUGUCUUCUUUCUGAAGGCCGACAGAUGGCAAUGUAAGAAUGCCAAAAAAGAGCCACCCAAGGGAAGGAGCAUCAGAGCACCAGGCCCACGCCGGACCCCAGCUGCUGGCGUGCCAAAAGUCCGGGUACCCACGCGCCGUGGCCAGGGUGAAACGACAGCGCCUGUCGGCCAACCCAAGGAGAUUUAUCCUCCAUUGGCCGAGCACUACAUACGAGAGAGGCGGCUGGCUGCCCGCGAGUCUCGGGCACAGGCAACGGAGGAUAUGACACGAUAUGAGAGGGCAAAGGAGGGCGGUGUUCUGGUCAAAAUCGUCCGCCGACCAUUUAUACCCAUUCGGCGGAAUGCAUGGAGCAUCCUGCCAGGAAAGAUACUUCAGUGA